AUUGUCAGCCAUCCCGGAGCAGCACCAUGCUGUGCGGCGCUUUAGUGUAGCAAGACCCUCGAGGAAACUCUUUCCCAAACACUUUUAAGCCCCAACCCAGACUGCAGCGCAAAGCGGCCGCGUGGAGCACCUCGGUCAUGGGCGCGCACCAACGGAGCUCCGCGCGUCUCGGCUCGGUCCUGUCACUGUGCGGAUGUUUGGCCUUGCUGUGCGGGGUGACGGUGCCGCGGGUGGAGGCCGGCUGCCGGGAGAGGGACAGCCCCAACUGCUGCACCGGCAGGAACAACGACUGCUUCGAGUACACGCGGAGGAAGACUCUGUGCUACUGCGACACGUACUGUCAGAAGACCAGAGACUGCUGCGACGACUACCAGAGCGUGUGCCAAAUAUCCGCAGCCAUCGACUGCGUGGUGGGUUCAUGGGGUCCCUGGUCAUCAUGCACGUCUGCUUGUGGAGUGGGCAGCACCGAAAGGAGUCGCCAAGUGUCUGUCCCUCCCAGAAAUGGGGGGAUGCCCUGCCUGGACCUCAAACAGCGCCGCGGGUGCUUCGGAAACAACGAAAUAUGCAGUUCGGCGAAAGAGGUGGCGAAGAUCCUUCCGGAUUCCUUCAAGAGGAACUUUAAGGACCCUUGGAGGAGGCCUCACAUGCUGAUGAAGGAGGAGAAGGCCAGCUACUGUGUGUAUUUGAGGGUAAAACAAGUGAGUGCGGCCUGCAAACUGAAACUGUGGAGUGCCCAGUUGGUGAGAGAGAGACUGGUGUGCGCGGAGUGCCAGAGUGAUGCCAUGUCCAAGUCAGACCGAUGCGGAGGAGACGGCCUGGAAGCCACCAGAACCUUCUGGUCAGCAGCGUCCGCCAUAGGCUGUCACGGGUCGUGGGUGCGAGAGUCGUCUUCCGAAGGCUGCCGAUGUCCCCCUUACUCUGUCCUCUUUGUGUGAGCAGCCAUGUGUCCAGCACACGUCCAAGUAGACGGACCGCAUUGUCCUCGAGUGCUCCUGCAAAAGCGAGCAGAGCCCUGCCAGUCAAGCCCUCACAUCCAGAAUUCCUGGAUGGGUUUACUCAAGGAGAUCAGCAGCAUCCUGCCACUUUUAUUUUUAUUUUCCACCUCAUACUCUGUACUGUAUUACUUACUACGCACGCAGCUAACCUUGCAGAUAACUUUUCAAAUUUUACUCCCACCUUGUUAUACUUUUUGUCCUCCAAAGCACAGCAACUUCCGUUUGUAUUUUUACCUCUCUGCUAUCUACCUCCAUAAAUGCAAGUGCGUUUUGAUAAUGCGUCAAGUAUAAAUAUGCAAAAAUAUAUAUAUAUAUAUAUUAUUUAGCUUUAUACAUUUUCUACUCUUGAUUGACUCUUGACACGUGUUUGUAACUAGAUGUUUUUACACCAAACAGCGGUGGCUGCGCUCCGUUUAAGCCCCGAUUCAAAGGCUCUGAAAUGCCCCGAUGAGUUGGAGAUUCUUCAAACUGCUUCUUUGCCGAACGUUUUUUUUUUUUUUUUUUUCUCCAUGUCAGUACAGUGGAACCUCUAAAGUUGUAUAACUCGGAAUUCUGCACAAAUGUUCAUUAUAAAUACACCUAAAAUGAAAAAGAGAAUGUUUGAUAAUGACAAGCACAAUGCUCACAGGCAUAUAUUCUUUUAUCCUCUACGAAGAACGACAAAAUAUUUUGCCGCUUUAAAAUACAUUUUUAGUUCAUCUUAAAUCAGAUAUACUGUAUGGUUUUGCAUGUAAUGUGAUUUUUCUCUCUCGUAAUAUUACACCUUAAAAUAGUUAGUUUUUAUUGACUAUCAUGACUAUAUUUUUGUAAUUUGCACUCCACCCCCCCCCCCCCCCCCCCCCCUACACACACACAAAAUUACAAAUUUAGUCCUAUAAUAAUUUUAAUUGCGGCCUUAAUACUGUUUUGUGCAUCUUUCAUCUCAACAUAUUUUUCUCAUUUUUCAAGCUAUAACUGUGGUUAGAUUAUUUUUUUACACCUGUGUGACAGUGAAGAAUGUUAAAAUGGAAAAACCUAAAUAUGAACAGAAGUCGAAACACAUCGUAUUUGAAUAUAGAGGUUCCAUUGUAUUCUGUUCACCUAAAAGAAAAAAAAAAAAACAACGAACAAAAAAACAAGUAUAAGCAGUGAUUUCUCAGGUGCU